GCAGGACAUAGACUCUUAUAAUAGCGAGGUGAGUCAAGUCAAACGUGUUACGUAUUUGUUACUCAACAAGAAACCGACGUUGUCACGCUGUGAGUAAAUAACGGGAAAACGUUUUGUUUCGCCAUGGCUUUUCCGGUAGCCUUCGCCAAUUUGGAUUUAAAUUGACAACAUUGCCAGGAGUUAAUCUGCGUACUCCAAUGCUUGAACCUCGCACGCACACCUAUCGGGCUGUCCUGUCCUAUUGAAUAGCCAAUUCAAUUUGAAUGAACAGUGGUAUAGUGGAGCACGUGAAAAGUGCGCAUUCGGCCCGCCUAAAUUCGAUAGUGUCGCAAAUAAAAUUUUUCGAAUUGGAAAUGAAUUAAAUUGAUAGGUUAAGAUGACGUCCAAAUUCAAGAAAAUCGCCACCGCCGGAUUGGCAGGCACUAUAGGAGCAGGAAUAGCAGCAUAUCUUCUAAUGAAAAACGAUGGAAAGCAAAACUGGCCAACGACAGUUAACGCAAAGGAACUCUCCCAGAAGCUAAAAAAAGGUUUGCCCAGCAGAGACGAUCAAAUUAAAUCCCUUCAAACCGAAGACUUCGAUAUCCUUAUCAUCGGCGGUGGUGCCACAGGAGCAGGAUGCGCCUUAGACGCCGCCACGCGAGGCUUGAAAACUGCACUCAUCGAGUCCGACGACUUCGCCAGCGGCACCUCCAGCCGCAGCACCAAGUUAAUCCACGGAGGCGUCCGGUACCUUCAAAAGGCCAUCAUGCAGUUCGAUUACGAACAAUAUCGGAUGGUACAAGAGGCUCUGUAUGAACGAGCUGUAAUGUUGAACCAAGCACCCCACUUGGCGCAUGCUUUACCCAUCAUGCUACCAGUCUACAAAUGGUGGCAAGUGCCAUAUUAUUGGGCAGGUAUCAAAGCUUACGAUCUUAUAGCCGGUAGACAGACGGUAAAAACCUCAUAUUUCCUAUCGAAAAACAACGCAUUAGAACUCUUCCCUAUGCUAAGAGGCGACAAACUAGUAGGCGGAAUAGUAUAUUACGAUGGACAACAGGACGACGCCAGAAUGAACCUGGCUAUAGCGUUAACGGCCACUUUACACGGUGCUACAAUCGCCAAUCACGUAACGGUAACGGGUCUGCUGAAGGAUAAAAAUGACGACGGAGAGCAAAUAUGCGGCGUUUGCGUUAAGGACGAAUUGACGGGAAAGACGUGGAAUAUUCCAGCGAAGUGUGUUAUCAACGCCACCGGGCCAUUUACGGAUAGCAUCAGGAAAAUGGACGAUCCGAACGUGAAGGAAAUUUGCGCUCCAAGCAGCGGUGUACAUAUCACAUUACCUGGUUACUAUAGUCCGGAGCAAAUGGGUCUUUUGGAUCCGGACACCAGCGAUGGUAGAGUUAUAUUCUUUUUGCCAUGGCAACGACACACGAUUGCCGGAACGACUGAUUUACCUUGUAAAGUAACGCAUAAUCCCAAACCGACUGAGGAUGAAAUCAUGUUCAUUUUGGAAGAGGUCAAAAACUAUCUAAAUCCAGACGUUGAAGUUCGUAGAGGCGACGUUUUAUCCGCCUGGAGCGGAAUAAGACCGUUAGUAUCCGACCCGAACAAACCCGAUACGCAAUCGUUAGCCAGAAAUCACAUAGUGCACGUCAGCAAGUCCGGCUUAGUGACGAUAGCGGGCGGGAAAUGGACCACCUACCGGCACAUGGCCAGCGAAACAAUAGACGCGGCCGUUAAAAGCGCCAAUUUGAAGCCGUUCGUCAACCGGUCUCAAACGGAUAAAUUGAAGCUGAUCGGCGCGCAGGGCUGGACGCCCACCAUGUACAUUCGACUAGUGCAGGAUUUCGGUUUGGAAUGCGAAGUCGCCCAACACCUAGCCAAAUCUUACGGCGACAAAGCCUUCGCCGUCGCCAAAAUGGCAUCUCUAACAGGGAAACGAUGGCCGAUCAUCGGUAAAAAAAUCCACCCGGAAUUCCCCUACAUCGACGCCGAAAUCAGAUACGGCGUCAAAGAAUACGCGAUGACGGCCAUCGAUAUGAUAGCCAGAAGAGUUCGCUUGGCGUUCCUCAACGUCCAGGCCGCUCAGGAGGCGCUGCCCGAGAUAGUGAACAUCAUGGCGGAGGAAUUGAAUUGGUCGGCGGCGGAGAAAACUAAGCAGUUGAAUUUGGCGAUGGAGUUCCUGCAAAACGAAAUGGGCCAGAACGUGAACAGGGCCAGCAGGGAUAAGAUACCGAUCAAUUUGACGAAGGAGGAGAUACAAUUGUACAUAAAACGAUUCCAAUAUAUCGACAAAGAUAGGAAAGGUUAUGUCUCGAUAAACGAUAUUAGAAGAAGUCUUAAGGAUUCGGGCGAAAAGGAGGUUAGCGGCGAAGAACUGCACGAUAUUCUAAAAGAAAUCGAUACGAAUAUGAACGGACAAGUCGAACUUGACGAAUAUUUACAGAUGAUGUCGGCUAUUAAAUCGGGCCACGUAACUUAUUCGAGAUUCGCCAGGAUGGCCGAAUUGGAAGAAAUCAAGCAAGAGAAGGAAAUGCUGAAGAAGAAAGUAUCAGUAGAGCGCAGCGGAGGAGGUUUAUAAAACGAAAUAACGGUGCUAAUAAAAGUACAAUUUUCUCUUACAUAAUUUACGGAUAACCUCGAUAUUAUAUGAUUUGAUCCCGGCAUUUCGCCGUCCUACAAUAAUUGACGUAGAUAAUUAUUUUAUUUUUAAGCGAAUAGGAUAUUUUGUAUAUAAAGUUAAUAAUUCGCUCCUCCGCUCCGUGGCGAAUUAUCAUUUGUGGAUAAAUUGUUAUUUAAAAUCAAAACAUUGUAAAUUUCACUGUGGAUAUAUUUUUGUUGAAAUGUUAUGUUUUAAAUAAAAUAGUAAUGUUUUAA